UUCCUUUAAGUGUUAUCACAAAAUAUUUGUAUUUCAAUAUAUUUUACGUACAAUUCGUGACUAUAAAACUAAAAAGAUUUUAUUUAAUUUUGUUACACUGCAUUGUAGUAUUUAUAUUCUGUUUUUUGUUAUGAAAAUUAAAAAAAAUGUCCUUCAAAAACCUGAUAACAAUACAUAUCCAAUGAUAUUCUACAUAAACGCCUUAAAAUUAAGACUUCAAUAAAAAUUCUUAAACAAAAUAUUAAAACUUAAACUUAAAUACAAAUUUUUUACUUAAAACUAAUUAAAAUUUAUUAAUCUAUGUAAGCUUUUCAUACUACAUGUAUUAUUCCAAAACGGAUUGGAACAUUAAUUGAUUAUAGGAUGAUCUAAUGAGUAGAAAAUUUAAAUUCGCUUAUGGGAGAUAAAUAAAUUAAUCCCACUGAACAUAAUACAUCUAAUUUUAUUAUCCAAAAAAGAUUUUCAAAUAAAAUAAUUAAAAACUAUAUUUUAAGACAAGUGUUAAUUCACCUUGUACAGAGAGAGUUACUUCAAAUGUAUAUUUUAAUGACUUUUAACUAUCCAUUUUUCUCCGUGUAUGUAAUGUCCUACAAUGAAUAUUGAUUGAUAAGUGUUCGUGAUGUCUUUUUUCGUUCUGAAGAGGACGGCUGUGACUGUCGAAACGUUAAACUAGACAUGUGUGUUUUUUAUUAUUAACCUGACUUGGAUUGAUUGAUAUAUUCUCAUAUAUUAAUUUAUUAAAAUAUUAAAAAAUCACUUGUAAUUGCUUCUAUGUAUCCUACUGUUUAUAAAAAAUAUUUUUGAUCGGUUUAUAUUUAUUUAAAAAUACCAGGACCGAACGUGUGCUUUAACUCCUACAAGAAAAUAAAUCGUGACCGCUGCAUUCCAUGGUACCAAGAAGGACGAUAAGACACAAGGGACCAGUAAACAUGAAAAGAAAGUAGCAGCUUUACAAGACGAAGGUGCAGUCGAGUCAAGUGAGGGUGAGAAAAAGAAUAAAAGGAAAGGUGAAAAGAAGAAAAAGGACAAAAAGACAAAGGGAGAGAAGAAAGUUAAGAAAACUGACGAAAAACUUUACGCUCUCAACCAGACGACCCCCACCACCAAUGUGACACCAACACCAGCUCCAAAUCCACCUAAAUCCAGAAGAAGCAACAACAGAAUAACCUUGUUAAUCCUGAUGCAGGUCAAGCUGGUGCGGCAACUUUCAUCUGAUUAUGGACAAGGGUGUAGAAAGUUCUCAGACGAAAUUCUAGAAACGAAUACUAUCCUGGAUAACCGGAGGAAUUCUAUUGACGAGGGAAGGAGAGGUGCAAGACUAAACAGACGUUUAAUUCCUUAUAAUUUUGACUCGAAGAUGCAACGAAGAGAAACAACGCGUGCACUGCGAAAAAUGGCGUCUAAAAAUAUGACGUUUAGACGUUUUUAAACGUCUUAUGUAAAUAAGCGUCUUAUUUGACCGUCUUAAAUGAAAAACAUAACCUCCGAAUACAUGCAUUUUAGAAGGCAAAUAAGACGCUUAUAAACGUCUUAAAUGUGACCAUGUAAACGUCUUAAACCAAGACGCCCUUUUUUACGGUGUGGCAGACCAACAAUCAAUCAUCACCCGGAAAGAGAAUUCCAAUAUCCGACUGAUUUAUCGACACCACCUUCAUGGCUGGAUUUUCCAAUAGUAGAACCAGUGAAAAAAAGACAACUUGGAGCAAUUUCUCGACAACCUAAACCAUCUGGACAAGGAAAUCCCCAAAUGGAAAUUUCAACUUUAGAAGAUAUUAAUCCAUCUAAUUUACCAAGGGUGUUAUCUAUAGACGAGAAUUCUAAACGCAGACAUGAUGAAGACUGGUCAUAAUUUGAAAGUAGAUUAGCUGUACAAGAACUAGAUCGAUUUGUAAAGAAUCUGGAGCCAAAGACAUCUGUAUCUAUCGAAAGACUCAGGGAGAGACAAGCAGAAGAGGUGGAAAAUAGGAAGACCGUAUUAAAAAAGGAAGAUAUAGUGAGACCAAGUGAUGAGGAUGAGAUUGAUACACCACGAUCAAUUACACCCCCUGGCCCACCUAACAGAAUUGACGAUGAGGAUAAUGUUACUUCUUCCAGAAUAUUGACAAGGGAAGCCCUACCGAGAAAGACAACGGGAAGAUUCUUCAAUGAUAUGGAGUCGAUUCCAACAGACCCUACAUUAGAUCCACCGCCUAGGGCUUGCUAUCAUUGCUGGAGAAAGGGGCACAAUCGACCUAAUUGCCCAAAGCCGAGUACUGAAAAUCAUUGUGAUAACUGCGGUAGAAAAUUCGAGACUGUCGCAACGUGUCCUCGUUGUGCAAAAGGGUACAGAAGGUAUCUAUUAAGCCGAAAUCAGAAUCAUCAGGAAGAAAUUAUGGAAAAUAAGCCAAAACAACAUCGUAGAGAAGGAAAUCCGUUGUUGCCCGUUAUUUGGACAAAGGAGGUUAAACUUGGAGUAAAUGUUUCUGGUAUCGCUUCUGGAGAAAGGGCGUGGCAAGUACGAAGGACACCAUCACCGACACCGAGCGAUAAGACAUCAGUGUCUUCAUUACGACUUGGGGAAGAUGAAAAUAGUGCUGUAUCUCACAUAAGUAAGGCUACUUCUAAUAUGAGUAAGGAAAGUUGCCGCAAACUUCCCGUCUUUGAUAUCCAAGACCCAGGUCCACCGCCUCCUUAUGAAAUAGAAGAACCAGAUACGAACAAGAACACGGACUAAGUGACUGCGUUCAAGGAGUUAACGAAUGCUAUGGAAGGAUUACCUAUCGCAACUAUCAACUUAGCUAUUCAACAACUCUUGGAAGAGCGUAAACUGCGAUUUGGUAAGAAGACGGACAAAUAGUGAGUUUGUGAGAAGAGAACUUUGAUUUUCUUUAUUUUCUAUUCGAAUUGGUAUUAUUGAUAUUUUUUUUUUUUAGUUGAGUUUUGAGUUGAAGAAAAUUUUUAUGUUUUAGUUAUCUUCGUAUUUCAAUUUUAAUAUGACAAAUGUUCAUUAAAUUUGAAUUAUUAGUUUUUUUUGUAAGACUAAAACUAAAUUGUUAAAUUAGUUCAAGUCUUAGUGGGGAGUUUUGUGACGAAGUAGUCUCGUCAAUUUAGUUAUUUUCUUUAUUAUUUAAAUAUUCGCGCUAUUUUUGACUUAGGGUGUUGGGUGAAGUGAAAACUCCCCUUUAUGUGAAUAUUAGCGGUGUGUUUCUGUUUAGCAGACGACGAAUACACACAUGUGAUAAGGAUAGUCUGAUUUUUGUAUCGAGAGCUUAGACAUGGGUAUGUGAAGAGAAUCGAGUUUAAUUAUAAGAAAUGAAAGUUAAUUGAAUAAAUAAUAAGACGAAAGUGUA